CUUCGAUUGGUUUUUCGAUACUCGGCUGUGCGAUAACGUGGAAACUCGUACCCGCGCUUAAAGGAAGCUUCACCAAAGCUGGAUUGGUUGGGAAAGAUGUUAAUAAAAUUAACAAACCCGUUAUACCGGAAAGCAUGGGAGUUGUGUGUGCAACAGUGUAUCUAGUAUGUUUAUUCUUAUUUAUACCAUUUCCUUUCAUGGAAUGGUUUACUGGCAAAGACGAGAAUUCAAGAAUUGGUGGAUUUCAUUUUCCUACUUUUCCUCACCACAAGUUGGGAGAGUUUUUAUCAGCGCUGUUAUCCCUGCAAUCGAUGACAUUCCUCGGGCUAUCCGAUGACUUGUUUGACAUUCGGUGGCGAUAUAAACUGAUGUUACCGACCAUAGCAUCCAUACCCUUAUUGAUGGUUUAUUAUGUGAAUUUUGGUGAGACCCAUAUUAUGAUGCCCAUUCCAUUAAGAUUUCUAUUUGGAAGAAUAGUUGACUUGGGAUUUCUAUAUUAUGUUUACAUGAGCAUGAUGGCGGUAUUUUGUACAAACUCCAUCAACAUAUUAUCAGGAAUAAAUGGUGUGGAGAUUGGACAAUCAUUAAUAAUAGCAUGCUCAAUUGCUAUUAAUGAUCUCAUGUUCUUGAAUGGCGCUGAUCCCGCGGUUGAGGCACAUUUGUUUUCACUAUAUUUUAUAUUACCAUUUAUUGGCGUAUCUCUUGGGUUGAUCAUACAUAAUUGGUACCCGUCAAAAGUUUUCGUUGGCGAUACCUACUGUUAUUUCGCUGGAAUGACAUUUGCAGUUGUCGGCAUACUGGCGCAUUUUAGUAAAACAAUGUUGCUAUUCUUCUUACCACAAAUAUUUAAUUUUAUCUACUCUGUGCCACAACUGUUUAAGCUGAUCAAGUGUCCAAGGCAUAGGAUGCCAAGGUUUAAUCCUAAAACACAAAAAUUAGAAUACAGUAGGGUUAAGAUAAAAAAACCUUUGAACCUUCCAGCUCUUCUAUGUUUAAAAAUUUUUUCAAUAGUCGGAGUUGUUAAAGUUACAGAUCUCAGUGCCAGUGAUACUAAAGGUAUUAAAAAGACUGGUAGCGACAAUGAAGUUGGAAAUGGUCAACAACGAAGAAACAAUAUUCAUGAUAACAACAAUGAUAGUGUUGGUAAUGCGUUAGAUAAAGAAGACGAUGAAAACGACGAAAACACGGAUUAUAUUGAAGUUAACAAUUUUACAAUACUAAACCUAUUACUGUUAAAAUUUGGACCUAUGCAUGAGAAAAAAUUGACCAUUCUGGUAAUGGCAACACAGAUAUUGGCCAGCUUUCUGGCGUUCAUCAUAAGGUAUAGGUUAGUGCAUUUGUUAUAUGAGGUAAUAUAG